GAGAACUCUCGGGAGGUAGAGAAGGUACGAGUAGGUGAUUCGUGAUUUGAGGCUUUUCACAUUCAAUGAUUGGCAAUGUUCGAUUUGUAAUUUGCGUGUUCCUUCAAUAAUUUUGGACCUUCAAAAAGGUCCAAGCUCCAACGCCAACGGUCCCUGUCCGCGUCUCCCCUGAACGGUACUCAAACCAUCGUCGAUAUUUCUUCAACCUGUAUAUUCGAAGAUGGCGCUCAAUAGGAAGUAUGCCGCAUUGCCAGAUCUGGAUUCUGCUCCGGACAUCUACGAAACUCCUGAAUUGACGGAUGACAACUCUACAGCUCCCACCGGCAGAGCACACUCUCAAUCCACUUCCUCCUCAUACAAAGACUUCGACGACGAUGAAGAUGACUCGCCAGGCAUAUCUCGUUCCCGUCUGCAACCAGAUGAAGCGCGUUCCCAUUUCUCACCUGCACAAAUCGACGCACGGGAUGUAGACUUCUCGGACCGUGUUACUGCCAAGCGGAAAUCAUACAAAGCAUCCAGUCGAAGACAGCGAAAGCGGGAAGAUGGUACAGAGGAGUUUGGUGAUUUCAGUGACGAGGAAGAUGGUGAAAGCUUGGAACGGAAACUUGCAAGAUUAAAGCGGGAGAUUGAAGAGGUCAAGGAAGAAUAUGGGAGAAGGCAGGCCGAAAAGAAGGGCGUUGUCGGGGAGGAUGCGGCCAAGGAUCUCGGACAAGACGUCACCGCGUUAAGUAAGAUGCUGGAUGGGAUAUCUGUUACUUCAGGAGCGACAACUUCGAGUGCCAGCGCGAAAUUUGCAAAGGAUCUUGGGACCGGCAUAAAAGCCAACGGACCACCACAAACUUCACAGGGGACAGGAGAUUCAGCUACAUAUACGGUGACAUACGCACCGACCUACCAGCAAAGCCAUGCUCUUGCAAAGGCAGCCGAUUUCGAUGGACGAUUGGCAUUGUUGGAGAAGGCUCUCGGGAUAAGUCCAGCGGAGCUACCAUCCUUGAACGGAAGUUCAACACCAAAGGCAAUCUUGCCAACUCUUGAUACUCUCCAGCGACAAAUCUCAGUCAUUUCCGAAUCUACACCCUCAUCUCUGGACAGCAUGAGUCGAAGGGUUCGGACGCUCACUCAAGAAGCAGAGAGACUAGAAGAGUCCCGGAAGGCAGCCAAGGCAGCUCAAGAUGUUUUGAGAGCAGCAGGCGGUGACUUCACUUCAGAAGAGGGAGAAGAUUCCGAGCAAGUGGCAAAGAUCAACGCUUUAUACGGAACUCUCUCUACGAUUGAAAGUCUGGCGCCACUUCUUCCUUCUUUACUGGACAGACUUCGUUCCCUAAGGGCGAUUCACGCGGAUGCGGCAACCGCCAGUGAGAGUUUAGACAGGACGGAAAAGAAGCAAGCAGAGAUGGCCUCGGACAUCAAGAAAUGGAGGGAAGGACUCGAGAAAGUCGAAGAAGCGAUGAAGAACGGUGAGACAGUCAUGAGUGGGAAUAUGAAAGUUGUGGAGGGAUGGGUUAAGGACCUCGAACAGAAGAUGGAGAAAUUGUGACAUAACGUUGAUUCUAUUGCUGUGCAUGAUAACUGUACUCGAUACCCAAGCGAAAAUUGAUUCUGGUUGCAAUCUUCUGUCAAUGGCCGUGAGACCAAUAUCU